UAUUAUAAAACUAAAACGUAGCGAAACGAAGUAUCUCUCCUCGCGAUGUUGUGGGGGAAGCUCGCGAAGUCGAACGGUCGCCAGCUGUUCAGUCGGUUGUUAGGUUAGGACGAGUCCGGAGUUAGCUCGAAACGAUUAUAGGCCAGAUACGCGUAGGGGGGAUCAGUGUAGGAGCAGUGGCAAUGCGGAGGUUUGAUUUCUCGGGUAAAUUGUCAAACGAUGUGAACGGAUCGUGCGAACUAUUGACAGCGCGUCGCGGGAAAUCUAUGCGAAAUAUGUGAUUGUCGGAGAUCUCGCCGAGCAGCCGCUGGCCAAACGGCUGUGAUUGUAAGAUACGACAGACGAGUUGCGAGGGAAGGAAGCGAAAUUCCGUCCGUGGCACGGCAAAGCGUAUACUUCGAAACGGCCAACAGUCGCUUGGAAGCUUUCGAUAAAUAUUAAUCCCGCGUCGCGAACGAGUCCGUGCGAAUAGUGCGAAAAUCGCGGGCGAGUGCGCGAGAAACGCUUUAUCGCCAACCAAAAAGCUCGCGUUCGUGGAAUUCUGUGACGUCACGCGUCGACUGUGAUUGCCGUGGCGCGACCAAGUCAAGGCCGUGCGAAUCCACUUUGUCAAUGGACUUAGUGAACAUGUAACGACGGUAGUGUUACUGAUUUAUAACGGCACGACUACACCCGUUUGUCAUGAGGACGAGUCCGUCACAGAGAGAAAGAAAAACAUUUGGCGACGCGACACAAUGGAUGCAUGUCACUAUCUCAAUUUCCUUAAGCUUGCAUUUGUCGGCGAUGUAGUUAGUCUGUAAAUCGCUUCCUUCUGUGGAUCUCAUAACUUGCCAAAAACCCAAUGACGUAUUGAUUUGGCGCCGUACACCAAAACGAUAAUAUAGAGAGCAUUACGAAAUUAACUAUAUCAUGUGAUUGGAUGAUCUCCGAGAGAUGCUUCUGACAUAUUCUAAGAUGUGUAUAUCGAGAGAUCGCUGUUAGAUAGAUUUUAGAAGGAUGCAGCGGCAAGACGUGUUAGCUUGAGCUUUGCACUGCCAUAAUAAAGUUCAAACACUGAUAAUCGAUUGCCAGGAAAAUGAAAAUCAUGUCAUGCUCUCACAGAUGCAAUUAAAAAUAAAGAGGCACAUGACAACAGAGUGAAUCUUAUAAUUAAUUUAUAUUUCUUAUUAAAAUUCACAUAAGACAGUGUAUGUGUGAGUGUAUGCGUGUAUGUAUAUGGAUAAUGUCCAUAGAAAUUAUAACAACUAUAUAUAUAGAUGUGAAAACCAAUGAUUUGGUGAAAUUGUCAUAAAUCAUUGAUAUGAAAUCAGUGUUUUGUAUAAAUAGACAUAUAUUAUUGGUUUUAAUCUGCAUGAGAAACGAAUGUACAAUGUAGAGAGAUAUGCAGUUUUGUUGCAACAGCUUCAUUUAUAAUGCAAGUGCAAUAUCAGCAAACCAAACAAUAAUCAUAUAGCAACAGAAUGAUAGAAGAAAUCAUUUGCAAAAUAAUUAACAUAAAAUAACAAAGUACACAUACAUGGUGUAUGCAUUUCAAUUACAGUAUAAUCUUCUGUAUUAUUUUGAACAUUGAGAGAGAAAGAGAGAGAGAGCUAUGAAAAAAUAUGCAAACUUGAUGGUCAAGACAAGCAAACUGAGAGUAACAUCGAAGAACAAACCCAAAUUUAGUUUAAAACUGUGGAAAUGGUGUACUAAUAUGGCAUUAAGAGAAGAUUGUCUAUUUUUUUAUCACACACACGUGAACAGAUUAAUGACGAAGGCAUCAAUUAAACUGUGAAUAUGAAAAGAAAUAUACAUAGUAACACUUCUUAGGGGUCAUGCCCCCUGGGGCAAAUGGCGGAACAGAGGGCUUGGGCCCAUCUUGUUCUGAAAUACAUAACAGUCAAGAUCACACUGUAGCUAAACUCACACCUCCUGUUAGAUUUAUUCAACAAUGCUACAAGCAUCUCAAGAGUUCCGGCAUCGGCGAGGCGAGUGUGUACCAUGCAUUGGUUGUAAUAUUUUUGGAAUUCUUUGCAUGGGGACUCCUAACCAUGCCUAUUAUUUCGGUAUUGAACGAAACGUUUCCGGAUCAUACGUUCCUGAUGAAUGGCUUAAUAAUGGGAAUUAAAGGAAUCUUAUCUUUUCUUUCUGCGCCAUUGAUCGGUGCUCUUUCUGAUGUGUGGGGUCGAAAAUUCUUUCUAUUUAUCACAGUGGCCUUUACGUGUGCACCGAUCCCCUUAAUGAGCUUUAACACAUGGUGGUUUUUUGCCAUGAUUUCCAUCAGUGGUGUAUUCGCAUGUACAUUUUCAGUGGUGUUUGCGUACGUCGCGGAUGUAACGGAAGAACAUCAAAGAUCGCCGGCGUAUGGUUUGGUAUCAGCAACUUUUGCUGCAAGCAUGGUGAUAAGCCCAGCUUUGGGUGCUUAUACUAUGACGAAAUACGGACAAAAUCUUACCGUAGCAUUAGCAACUGCUAUUGCAAUCUUGGAUGUGCUUUUCAUACUAGUGGCUGUACCUGAAAGUUUGCCUGAAAAAGCACGUCCACCAGCACCUAUAUCGUGGGAGCAAGCUGAUCCAUUCGCAGCUCUCGGAAAGGUUGGAAAAGAUCAUACUAUAUUAAUGUUAUGUGUCACCGUGUUCCUGAGCUACCUUCCCGAAGCGGGACAAUAUAGUUGUAUAUUUGUUUACUUAAAACUGGCUAUGGGCUUUUCUGUUGUCAUGGUGGCUGUAUUUAUUGCUGUGGUGGGCAUCCUGAGUGUGGGAGCACAAAUUGUGUUAGGGCCCUUGAUGAGAGCACUUGGCAGCAAACAUACCAUAAUGCUUGGUCUGUUAUUUGAGAUGUUACAGCUCAUGUGGUAUGGAUUCGGCUCACAAACAUGGAUGAUGUGGGCUGCUGGAGUACUUGCUUCUGUAUCGAGCAUCACGUACCCUGCAAUAUCUGCAUUCGUGUCCAUGCAUUCUGAUGCCGAUAAGCAGGGAUUAGUACAAGGUAUGGUAACGGGGAUGCGUGGUCUCUGCAAUGGACUUGGCCCUGCCAUGUUUGGUGUCAUAUUCUACCUUUUUCACGUCGAUCUUAACGAUGACACGCCCAAUCUACCCCUGAAACCAUCUUUAGUGGAGGAAAACAACAGGACGGGUACACAUCUUGAUAUAAUGCCUCAGCUUGUACCAGGACCGCCAUUCGUGUUUGGUGCAUUACUCGUGAUCUGUGCGCUAUUGGUAGCCGCGUUUAUUCCCGAAUCAAAUACGAUGUCAACGGGAUCGUUGCAUCAUCCAUCCACUUCCCGGAGGCCCUCCGGUAAAUACGCAUAUCAGAAAUGUUUAUCUUUGGAUGUUCAGUACGAGGCAGACCGAGUGGGAAGUGGAAGAGGAAAGAUCGGUCCGCUAUCACCACUAGUCGACAAUUGUAAUUCCGCCGCGCUAUAGUGUCCGUUUGAAAAGUAAGGCAUGCCAUAGCACACAAUGAAAAACGUUUUAAUCGAGCGAGAAAGUCCUUACUUUCAAUCGGAGCUCAGAAAUCGUCGUUAUGAAGUGCACCUGACUCGAUGGGACUGUAAUAGAGAGUUGUCUAUAUUGUAUUAUACUAUUUGUUUAAGGCAGUAACUAAGCUUGAUUUUAGGACUAUCAAUGAACUUAAUGUUUAGGUUGUGACAAAUUUUCACAAGCAGAGCUUGUGCGACAUGUACGUGGGUUGAUCUCAAAGUCGAGUUAUAAUCGCACGGCAAUGCGGUUAUGUUAAAAAAGGCGAAAUAUUAAAAAUUUAGCUCUUCCUUUCCAAGAUUCUUGCGCCGACUACUAAAUCAGACGUAAUGACAGCUUUACGCGAAGUAUCAGUGACUCCUAGUUUUUAUGCAACUCGCCAACGGCACAAAACAGCACACUAGCGAAAGUUGCAAUCAGUAUUUAUACUAGAUUUAUGAUCAGUAUUUAUACUAGAUUUAUGAUUUUAAACGAUAUUCGUUGCUUUGACACUGUUUUUCUCUUUUAUUCUUAACUUACGUUAUCACUCUUUGCAUCAAAUGCAAAUGUAAAUUGCAAUAUAUUUUUUGUGCACUUCCGCAUACAUUCAUACACUAGAAAUAGCUUUUACACAUUCCUUGUGAGCAUAAUUUGUGCACACAGAAGAGCAUUAAAAUAACCUGAAGAAAUGAAAAUUUUUUGCGAAUCGUACUUUUCGUUUUCUUUUUUUUAUAGAUACGAUAUAUUAAUUACUUAAUAUUCUCGUACAUCAUCCGAUAUAAUUUAGUGAAUAUUUAUAGAUCAUAUGAGCCGUCUCCUUUUGCACAAACUAUUUAUUUUAUUAGGUAGAAACUAUAAAAUAUAACGAGAAAGGCCUCAACACGCUAGAAACAGGUUAUAUGAAGUGAUAGUUUGUCAUUCAAAGGCAAUGGUAGACGUCAAUAUCAAUAACAAAAGUGUGUGAGUAACAAAAAUGUAUUAUUAAUCAUUAAUUGAAAAUCGGUAGUACUUUUACAAUGUUAAAUUGUGCGUGUUAUAAUCGGAGUCAUUGAUGUUAAACAAAAAAAAAGAAUCUAUGAUAGAGUAGGGCCUGUAUGUAUUUUUUGUUUUAUAUACAUUAAAACUUAUAGGAUGAAUUUACUUUGUCACAGUGGAAUUGUUUUUAAUAGUUUAAAUUAUUCCGAUGUACCAUUGAUCGUUUACGAAAUUUAUAAUAUCAUUUCAACCUGUAAUAUUAUUUAGCCACAGUAUAUUUAUGUGAGAAAUUAAAUUGUUUGAAAAUACUUCUAGGAAACAAUAGUAAUAUUAGUUAUUCUACUUAAUUGAUUUUGAAUGUGCAUUAAGCUAUUAUGAUCUUAAAAUUAGCCUCCAAGCCAAAGAAUGAUUAAUGAUCGAAAAAUUAAUUGAAAGAUAAUAAAUCCAGAGAUCCACAGAUACUCGCGUUUAUAAUGUGCAAUACCUUUACCGUGUACGAUCGCUGUUUGACAAUUUUUAUGUUUCAUAAAUUUUGAUAUUUGUACACUUUUUCGUGGUUAUUUCCCAAAAGAGUCCAGUGAUAAAAUAGUUAUUUGAUGGAUAUUUAAUGGAUGAUAUUACACGAUCUUUGUGAAUAAAAAUAAGCAUGUAUUUUAUACAUGUUUAAUCUAAGUCCUUAUUUAUAUACAUCCAUUAGAAGCGAAAGAAGAAAUUACUAUAAUUGAAGGUUUCAGUCGAUAUGGUGAAAAAAAUCCAUAGCUUAUGACUUUUGUCGCGAAUGUAUCAAAAUUAUAUACGUUUUUUAGAUUUUAGCUGUCAGUAAAGUAUUACAGGACGAAGAGUAGAAACCUUGAGCAAGUGUAAACAGUGCAACUGCAGUUCUAUAGUUUCAGUUCGUAUUUCCUUAGAAUUACUUACAAACUUGCUCUGAUAUCCUGGAGUAAAUAUACACAAAUGUAUUAUAAAUACAAAGCAAGAGCAGGAAAAUUAUAGCAUUAAGGAUGAAUAAAACAUAGAGAUAAGUCUUGACUCUUAUGGGUUAAGUAAUUGUAUAAUGUAUAAUGUAUGAUGAAUGCAUUAAUAAAAAGUAAUUAUUUUUAAGAUAA